AUGCAGCAAGGAGCAGGAGGCUCCCUCCGGCUGGGCCUGACCACGACCGAGCCCCUCGGCUCACACGCACUCACGGAGAGCUCCCCAAGCAUCCCCGGGCCGGGCACGGAGCAGCAGCGGCCACGGCGCCCGCAGCUCCCACCCCGUCUCACCGGCUCUGGGGGGCUGCCCGGCAGAGAAGGCGAGCAGCGGCCGCUGCGUGUGGAGCUGCUGCAAGCGGCUGGGAUGGCAGCUGCGCACCUCCAGCCCCGCCGCCACCCGCUGCCUGUUGGCCCUGGUCAGGCGCUUGAUGCGGAGGAGGAGGUCAGGGCGAUCGCGGCGAAAGUUGGGAUUGCUGAAGUGCAGGCAGCCCCCGACAUCGCCCGGCACCUUGUGGAAGCCCUAGAGGUUGAGCUGGCGCACGAAGCUGCCGAAGUGCGUGGCUUGGAAGGAGUCCGGGGCCGGCCGCGCCCCUUGGGCGCCCGCUCCGUGGGCGCCGCCCGGGCUGAGCAGCUCCCGUCCCUCUUGCUAGCAGGCCUCAGUGGCAGAGCAGCUCUUGCCUGUGCUCAGUGCAGGAGCAUCCUCCUGUUUGUCAGUGGGCAGCUGCACACUGUGACAGGAGCCUUGUUUUUUCUAGUGUUUCAGAAGAGUGCAAACUUGCACAGCAGUGCUACCAUGAUUGAGCAACUCGUUGCUGCAGUUUGCACUGUUUAUGGCAUUGGUUAUUCAGGAUAUUAUCUGACUAGCCUGGGACGACACCUGAGACGUGUAUUCAGAGGUGCAGAUCCUGAGAGCCCUGAACCCACAGCAGACUCUCCACUGACUCUCUCAGUUCCUGGAGAUGUGGCCAAAGAGGAGCUGAAUGACCACAAUCCUCCAGCUGUGCUCACAGCACAACCUGAAUAUUCCGAGCCGGUCCUUCUAGAGGAAGAGCACGAGCAGAGUGCUUUAUCAGAGGUGCCACAGCAGACUCAGGGAGAGCUGUUCCCAGCCCAGGAGCAGGAGGAGCAGCUCAGGCAGCAGGUGGAAGAGGUACAGGGGAAUGGCCAGAACAUCAAGGCAGAGCCACAAGCAGAGCUGCCCGAAGCUCCGAUUGCCAUCAUGGCAGUAAGGAGAAGGCACAAGGAAGACAUGAGAAGCAUCCAAGAGGAGAUGAAUCUCCAUCAGCAGACAGGCGAUCAACAAAACCAGGUGAGUGCAAGAGUGGAAGACACUCCACUCGUGACAGAUGUCUCUUGUUUUUUACAGAACCUCAAGGACAACCUGCAUGCAGAGCUGCAUGAAAUUGAGGCUGGGAUGAAGGCAAGAGAGAAGAGGCUGAGGGAAGAAAUAAAACUUAUCAGAGAGAAACAUAAUCCCCUGCUUCAGGCUGUACAAAAGCAAGUGGCCAUAAAGAAAAUUAAUCUCCACCAACUGAGGAAGAGGGAACUAAAAGUUGAUGAACUUAGGGUCAUCAAGAAGAAUAGGAAUCCCAACCUGGUCAAAUAUUUAGACUGCUACCUUGUGGAUAAGCAAUUCUGGCUGGUGAUGGAGUACAUGGAUGGAGGCACUCUGAGCAAUGUCAUCAGCUGGACCUUCCUGUCUGAAGAUGAGAUGGCAGCUGUCAGUCGGCAGUGCCUGCAAGGCCUGGAUUUUCUUCACAAAAUGUGCGUGAUCCAUCAAAAUGUGAAGAGCUGCAACAUCCUUCUCAGAAGCAAUGGCACUGUCAAGCUGGCUGAUUUUGGCCUCUUAGCUCAGCUCAGCCCUGAGCAGAGAAGACAGGACUCAGUGGCCAGCACUUCUGGGUGGAUGUCACCUGAAGUCCUGACAGGUCAACAAUAUGGCCCUAAACUGGAUAUAUGGUCUUUUGGAAUUGUGGGCAUUGAAAUGGUGGAAGGAGAAGUUCCCUACUGGAAUGAAACUGCUGUGUGGCCUCAGCUCCUGAUAGCCACCGGAGGGAGACCAAAGCUGCAGCAGCCCGACCUCUUCUCUCCUUUGCUGCGCGACUUCCUGAGCUGCUGCCUGCAGACAGAUGAGGCUCGGCGCUGGACUGCCAAGGAGCUCCUGCAGCAUCCAUUUGUGGCAUCAGUCAACACUACAUCCUGCCUGGUGCCACUGAUCGUUUCUUUGAAGAAGAGGAUGGUGGAGAAGAAACUGUGA